ACAGGCGUGUCUUCUUGUAAACCCCAAGAGGGGGUCUUAGGGAGCUCACAGCUCCGUGCUUCCACCUGCUCCUCUUGAACCUGUGCUUCUGUCCCGCCACCCUCAAUCAUUAAGACUCAAGACGCCGGUCCGCAGCCUUUCAAAGCGGCACAAGUUAUAGUCAGCAUGGGUUCCCGGCUCCGAGUUCAAGUCUCUAGUUAAAUCUGGCUAUUAUAAAAUUAUGCCUGAUGUCAACAUUUUAAACUGGAGAUUCAAUCUUCUCAGAGAGGGAGAGAGGGAGGAUAAUCGGAUUACCGGGCUGCAGUUUUGCAAAUGUCUCUUUCACGGUUAGCGUUUGUGAGGAUGAGGUCGUUUUACUUUCUCUUUGUCCGUUAGCGACUCACCAAACUAUUUUAGGCAGCGCCUAAAGUUUUCAGGGAAUUUUUUUUAAUGAAAUCACCAUAUGGUAACACGCACUCAGUUUACUGUGGGAAUGUCAGGGGAAGUUCGAAAACGGGAUUUUUUUAUAUAAUCAUGCCAUGGUUAUAUGUUUGCAGAUCCUUUUUUCUAUUUCAAAUGAAGACAGUGACACGAAUCUUCACAAACUGAAGAAAAUGUGUGAAUACAAAAACGGAUUCUUAACGACUUUUGAAUGUUCGCUUUAAAACUUCACGAAUAUUUCUGGUAAAAAAAGUCAACAGGAUUUUUGUCACUGCGUAAUCCAGUCUCUGAAUAAUGGAAGAGAAUAGUUUGAAAGCAUCAGUUUUUGUGUCUACAAAUCAAAGUAUAUAUUUAUCAGCUACGCACUAUGUGUUACUAGUAAGAAAGUUAUAGCCUUUCUGUUCAGGACAUGUACGACAAGGUCAAGAAAAACUGAUUUAUGUAGCAAGUGCGUCAAUUUUUCGCCCUGAGGACAUUUAUUGGGGGUUAAAUGGUGCUGAUAGCGGACGACAGGGACGGAGGAGGACACUCUCCUGUCAAGAUCAAGCCUGUUCAGCAUUGUAAAAGUGGAGGCGGGGUGGAAGAGAAACCCACAAAUACAGCGGACCCGUCUGCAAGCCUAAAUUCAGAAAACGACGAAUUUCUCGGUUCCGUCGGCUCGGAGCAAGAGGAGGAUGAUUACGAAGAGUACGACGAUUUCUCCGAGUUACCGGAUACCCGGAGCAUCGCCUCGGACGACUCUUUCUACCCUCCUGACGACCUCUCCCUCUCGGACGAAGAGAGGGGUCAGACUCCGGAGAGCCCGGCUCCUCUCUCCUUCUUCCAGGCGUGCUGUACCAACAACCCCAUCAUCGUCAAAGUCAUGAUCAGACAGGGGGUGACGGAGGCAGAAGUGAAAGAAACGGACAAGAACAACAGGACUGGACUGAUGGUUGCCUGCUACCAGGGCUAUGUGGAUGUUGUCACAGCCCUGGCCCAGUGCCCCUACGUUGACGUGAACUGGCAGGACAAAGAAGGCAACACUGCCCUCAUCACUGCUGCCCAGGCAGGACACAUCACGAUCUCCAACUACCUGCUCAACUACUUCCCCGGCCUGGACCUGGAGCGGAGGAACGUGCACGGCUUCACGGCGCUGAUGAAGGCCGCCAUGCAGGGCCGGACGGAGUGCGUCCGGGCGCUGAUGCUCGCAGGAGCCGACCUGGAGGCCACCGACCACGGGCGGCGGCUGACCCCCCGGGAAUGGGCGCUCUUCACGGCGCGGUACGAGACGGCCCUGGCGAUGACGCAGCUGCUGGCCCGGCCCUGCGCGGAGCAGUUCUGCGACUCCUACCGGCCCGAGUGGCCGCAGCUGAAGGAGCUGGUGGCGAAGGCCGGCGAGCCCAAGGGCUGCUUGCAGAAGCUCUCGGAAACGCUCUGCUCGGUCUUCAGCUUCGGGUUACCCGGCGAGCCGGAGGAGGAGGGGGUGAUGGACCACAUGGUGCGAAUGACGACCAGCCUGGGCAGCCCCUUCGUGGCCCUGGGCUGCCAGACGGUGUGCCCAGGGAGCCCCCCCUGCGUGGGCAAGCGGCGCACCGCGGUGCAGGAGAUCCUGCGGAGGCAGCGCGUGGAGCAGCUGAAGAACCUGGGCCCUGAGCGGCUCAACAACUACAAGAAGCUCUUCCAGAACUCGCGGGUCACGCUCGUGUCCAGAAAGAAAGACAGGCGGGCCAGCCUGCAGCCCCAGAGCCUGCCGGCCGGCUCGGCGUCCGCUCUGGCCGCCCGGCGCGGCAGCCUGCUCCCCCUGCACCUGCUGAGGCGGAGCAGCGUGCGGCCGGGCGUCGUGGUGCCCAAGGUGCGGCUGACCAAGGCGCCCCCGCCCACGUACCAGCCCGAGCGGGCGCGCCGCAAGAGCAGCGCCAAGGACAGCCAGUUCCUGCAGCUUCCCAAGUGGAGGUACAAGGAGCUGAAAGAGGAGCGGAAGAAGGCAGAAGAGGAGGAGAGGAGGAGAGCUGAAGAGGCCACCCGGAAACGCCUGGCGUCGGCGAAGAAGAAGGCCUGACCUCCACGGCCUUCGGGUGUCACUGUCACUCUCGCUUCACUACUUGAGACGCUUUGUAUUUAUUUUUGUAUUUAUUGCUUUUAAAGAGAAGGGAUGCUUUAUAUUUUCUGGGGGAAGACAAUCAAUCUGAUUCACACACGGCCAUCAAACUAGCAAGGAGUUCCGAUGGGCUUCCCCGUGAUGAAACACGUUGUCUACACAGCACUCCAGUUGUGAGACUUCCCUCCUACUACCUGUACACCCCAGGUACUCAACCCCUUUUUGAGGUUACAAAACGACUUUCUUGACCAUGAUGAGACGAGCUGAUUAAGAUCCAGUAAUCGCAGAUGAUGACUGCCAGUCUUGUGCUUUUUUCCGUGAGGACGGAGAAGACAAAUGGGAUUAAAACAGUCAGCCAAAGACAGAAAAUAGAGGCCAGACAAUCCCAAUCUCGCUGAUUAAAGGUCUUAUAGUCCCAUCCAGGCAAGGCUAAAAAUAGAUCCUGGAUUUAAACACUUGAUGUUAGUGACAGCUGAACUUAGCAAUAAUUUUACAACAAUAAUUGCUCAUAAAUCCUAGGUUUAAAGCGCAUUUUAUACAACAGCUGAGUAAAAACAAAUUGCAAUGAUUUGAGAUCUAAAAAAUUCUAUGAUUGGAUGUAAUUUAUACUGCAACAGCUCACCAGGAGAUUCUUUAGAAGAGAAGAGUUACAUGCUCACAUAUAUACAUACACACACAUCAGUGUUCUGUUUGAAAUAUCUUUAUGCCACAGCAAUGGCAACAACGAGGACGGUGCUGAAAGUUUUUUCUCAUGUGACUCGUUGAGUUUUUAAAGUGCAACAAGUAGAAAUGUACUUCACUUCCUGAGUAGCUACUGAGUAGAAAUACACUUAACCAUGGAAGAUGUUUGCGGGUGUUGCACAAUUAUCCAUAUACAUUCUUUAAAUAUGUAAAAUCUCAUUACUGUACAUCUAUGAAUACCAGCUCAGGAUUGUGCACUACAGAAACUUGUUCUGAGUAAAGGUCUAAAUUUCAUGUACUAAACACGAACGCAGCUGUGGAGAGCAAAGUCAGAUCUCUGUGGUCCCACAGCGCAUCAGCAACGCUAUGGAUACCCAGCACCAGCCUGGCCAGAGCCGCGCUGUGCUCACUGGAAAUGACAUUGUGAUUCCCCUCAGCACUCCCAGGACAGGCCUGGUCUCUCCGUGAGCACGGACAGCAGCUCACAGCGUACAGUAUGUCAGACACGUACUCCAUUAACUCAGCACUGGCAACAUGUCGACUGCUAAAAACAGUAAAUGUAUACAAAAACACGUAUGCUUUGAGGAGUCAGAGUUCAUGUUCAUGUUUUAAAAAUUGUCAUCUGCUCACAAGCUGACACUAGCACAUACUGAGAAAUGGCAGGACAUGGUUUUCCGUAUCUUUUUUUUCCCCAGAAUUCACAGAGAAUUUUAAAGCUAAUUUUUAGGUUGCUGGGCUGGUUGCAGGUUCCACUGGCAGCUGCUUCAAUUCAACACAAAUUCCCCUUGUGCGGAGUCUGAAAAUACAGACUCUUUCUUUUAAGGGGGGGUGUUUUAACAUAGAUGCACUUGAAUCAUAAAAUAAGCUCAUACUAAAAACUGUUAGGUGAGUAAACCUCCGCCAAAAUUUGAUUAGCCUGGCUGUCAAGAGGAAUCUCGGAAGCAACAACAUUUCCCUGAUCCCACUUUUUCAUUUAAGUUUGAGAUGUUUAAAUGAAGAGGCCGGAUCGUAUACAGAUAUCGUGAGCCUCACAGGAGGGUUUUAACCGUUGACUCUGAAAUCUGCAAUACGCCUUCUUUGACUGACUGCAGGUGGAAUCUUAACGGUAAAAGCAAACUAUCCCCAGACAUUUUCAUGCUUUCAGUUCCGAUAGCUGAUGGUGCACCAAGUAUAAUAUGCACUUACUGGAAGGGAUGGCUUUUUUUUAUAUCGCUGCUGUUCUGAAAUAAUGUGAAUUUGAUAGAUAUAUUAAAAACCAACAGGUUUUCUCCCAAGUGAUGUGUGUUGUUUUUUUUUCAUGUGAUGAGAAGAAGAAAAAAAGAGAGCUUUUUACUGGCUAAUCCCACCCAGGGCUGUAAAAUGUUCCAAGUUCCAAUCUUGAUCCAACACCUGGCUCCAGUGAGACUUGUAUAUACCGAACCUCGAGAGCAAGAAAAGCGUAAUGCCGCAGGGGGAAGUAGAAAAAAACAACAUUUCGGCCAUUAAGCAUUCCUCCAAAGAAGGAGUCUUUAAAUUAAGGUCCUGAGGUCCUGGGUCAGAUCCCAAGGCACUUUGUGCAAGAACUGGGAUGUUCACCCAGCUGGAACAGUCCGGCCUCCCUGAAGCUGCUUCUGAAACCAGCCGGUGGGGCAGCAGCCUCCCGCUCUUCCAGCAGACCUGUGAUGGCGGAGCAAGCUGACCUGCGGCCCCACCUGGGCAGGAGAUGACCAGUGGCGGCCGGGCCCAGCUUAUCGCCGAGAAGGCGGUGCGGCCCGGAGCAACAUGCCCAUGCAUGUCCCCAGCUCGAAAACCUCUGGACCCUUUGGGAGGAAAAGAGCUCAACAACUGCAAGCAAUUACAAAGCUAUUUAUGGACAUUUAAUCGGAAUAUGGAUGUCUUAGUAAUGAUGAAUGUGAAGGCUUUACGCCAAAGGGACAUGGAUAUUGAAGCUUUUCCAACUAUGUCCUUUGAAAAGUAGUUAACGCCAGUUUGAUUAUAAAUACCUCAUGAGGGCUACGGAAAAAAAACAUGUCAAGACGGCAACAUAAAAUUAAAGCCAGAAUUUAUUUCAAUUGAUCCUAGUCUUUGUCACUUUGUGACAAAAAUAAUUCAUACAUUUGACAUCACUUCAGAAAUAUUUUUGAAGUAAAACGUUGUAAUUCAACAAACCCAACAUUCCCAUGGUGAUUUUCAAAAGCCCCUGGAAGAAUAUAAAUGCCCAGCUGACGCUGCCCUGAAAGUGAAUGAUCUGAAUUGAUCUUUUGGUCACGAGAACAUUGCCCAAAGUCCCAUCCAGCGUGUGGAGCCCUGCAUCACCUU